AUGUCGUUAAUUCCCCAAGAAAUUUCUGGCAUGUUGCAGCAAUUGCUUGCUGGUUUGGCAUCGACAGAUAACCAUGUUCGUCAGCAGGCCGAGCAGACCCUUAAUAAGGAGUGGACGAAAAAAGACCGCGUCGAUAUCCUUUUAGUUUGGCUUGUUCAACAAGCAGUCUCUGGAUCGGACGACAGCACCAAGGCUUUCGCGGCCGUCUUGUUCAGAAGAUUUGCUGUCAAGUCUCCAAGUGAACAGGGCUACUCUGUUACCGCCAGACAAAUCGAUCAUGUUAGUGAGCAGGCCAAAAGCGAAGUGCGCAACACUUUGUUACAAGGUUUCACCUCUCCACAGUCAAAUAACGUUCGACACAAAUUGGCCGAUGCUAUAGCCGAGGUUGCCAAAGAUGAGAGUUUCAAUUGGCCAGACCUCCUUCCCGCCAUCAUGCAGUCGACCACCAACUCGGACCCAAGUUUCAGAGAGUCCGCGUUCAGGAUAAUCACCACCACGCCAGCGAUCAUCACCACACAUCAUUUAGAGGACUCGCUAAAAAUGUUCCACGCGGGCUUUGAAGAUCCAAACGACGAUGUUAGAAUUGCAGCCUGUUCUGCAUUCGUUGCGUUCUUUGAAAACUUGCCAAAGUCUCAAUGGACCAGUUUGAGUUCUCUGUUGCCGAACUUGCUCAACUCUUUGCCAAGACUUUUAGAGAACGGUAAAGACACCGCUUUGGCUUCAGUUUUGGAGAGUUUGAUCGACCUGGUGGAUCUGGCUCCUAAGAUGUUCAGACCAAUGUUCCCAACCAUCAUUAGCUUCUGUUCGGAAGUUGCACAAAAUAAUAACCUUGAUUCUGCUGCAAGAUUGGCUGCGCUCGAACUGUUGACAACUUUCUGUGAAACUUCUCCAAACAUGUGUAAGAGAGAGCCAACUUACGCCACGACAAUGGUGCUGGUGACUCUCAGACUCAUGACCGAGGUUUGUUUGGACGACGAAGAUUCAGCCGAGUGGAACAAUUCUGACGAGAUCGACGACGUUGACGAUGAGGAAGAGUACAAUGCUGCAAGACAAUCUUUGGACAGAGCCGCUCUCAAGCUUGGUGGACAAUCUCUGGCCGGGCCUCUUUUCCAAUACCUGCCUCAAAUGAUCCAAUCUCAGGACUGGCAUGAGAGACAAGCUUCGUUGAUGGCACUUUCUUCUGCCGCUGAAGGUUGCAGAGAAGUGUUGAUCAGCGAGAUUCCAAAGAUUCUGGACCUUAUUCUCCCAUCUUUGCAAGAUCAACACCCAAGAGUACAGUAUGCUUGCUGUAACGCUUUGGGACAAAUCUCCACAGACUUUGCCGAUGUUAUCCAAAGAACUUCUGGAGACAGAGUUCUGCCUGCUUUGAUUUCCAUGUUGAGUACCAAAAACGUUCCUAGAGUCCAGGCCCAUGCUGCUGCUGCACUAGUCAACUUCUGUGAGGACGCUACCAAAGAGGUGUUGGAGCCAUAUUUGGACAAUCUGUUGACCAACCUUCUUACCUUGCUGCAGAGCGCUCCAAAAAGAUACGUUCAAGAACAGGUCAUCACAACCAUUGCCAUUGUUGCAGAUGCUGCAAAGACCAAAUUCAUCAAAUACUACGACACAUUGAUGCCUCUUCUUCUUGAGGUUUUGAGAACAGACAUGGGAGAGGAAAACAGACUGCUGAAGGCCAAAUCUAUCGAGUGUUCUGCUUUGAUUGCCCUGGCUGUUGGAAAGGAAAAAUUCAUGCCGAACGCUCAGGAGAUUGUCGAGUUGUUUGCACACAUUCAGAACAAUCUAACCGGCGAGGAAGACCCAGCAAAGGCUUAUUUGGAGCAAGGAUGGAGCAGAAUCUGUAAACUGAUUGGUAAGGACUUCAUCCCAUACCUUCCUGGUGUUCUGCCUCCGCUCCUUGAAGCUGCAAAAGCCGCCCAAGACAUCUCUGUUGUUGAUGAGGACGAGGUUGAUGAGCUCAACCAGAACGAGGAGUUCGACGUCAUCCAGUUGGCCGGAAAACACAUCGCUGUUCACACAGCCAUCUUGGACGAUAAGACUGCAGCCAUUGAGCUUCUCAAGUCUUACGCCGAGGUUCUUGGCGGUGAUUUUUUCCCAUAUGUCGAGGACAUUGCCAGCCAGAUCGUCAUUCCAGGUUUGGACUUCUAUCUUCACGACGGUGUGAGAGGUUCUUCUGCCUUGACCAUGCCAGCUCUUUUGAACAGUACCAUUGAGGCCACUGGAUCUAAUAAAUCACCACAAGCCAGCCAAUUGUGGAGCCAAAUGUUCGACAAGCUGGUUCACCAGCUGGGAUCGGAUCCUGUUCCAGAACUGUUGGUGGCUUACUACUAUGCUAUCUCCAAAGGUCUGGAACUUGUUGGUGGUGAUUCGUUGACCGAACAGCAGAUUGCCGCUGCCGGAAACUCGAUUCACACUAACUUGACCGAGAUCUACGAAAGAAUCAAGGGAAGAGAGAAUGUUGACGAUGAGUACAACGAAGAGAUUCAAGAGGAUGACGAAGAAUAUACCGACGAGGAAUUGCUGGACGAAAUCACCAAGGGUAUCACCUCUUUGUUCAAGAGUACCAGAGAACGUUUCUUGCCUGCUUAUCAGUCUUUGAUUCCAACGCUGGCAUCCUUCUUGAACGACGAUAACACGUCUUUGAAAUUGUUGGCCUUGUGCUCAGUUUCUGACUUGGUUGAAUAUGCUGGACCUUUGGCGUUCCAAUUUAAGGAAUUCUUCAUGAACCCUGUUGGCGAGUCUCUCACGUCUCCACAAGCAAGCAUAAGACAGGCAGCCUCUUAUACCGUUGGUGCGUGCGCCCAGUUCGGAAGAGGCCAGUUCAAAGAUUUCUGUAUUGCUACCUUGCCAUCGAUGUUGGCAAUGUGCAACGUCCCAGAUUCUAAAGCUGAAGAAAACCUCUCCGCUACUGAAAACACCAUUGCCGCCAUUGCCAAGGUUCUGCACUCUUUCGGUUCUGAUAUCCCUAAUGCCAACGAAGUGGUGGAGAACUGGCUCAAGCUCAUGCCAGUCUUGCAAGACGAUGAGGCAGCUCCGUUCGCUUUCAUGUUUUUGGCAGAACUCAUACAGCAACAGCAUCCUCUGGUCAGCAGAAUGAUUCCAAAAAUAUUGGACGAUGUGGUCCAAGCAUUGCUCUUUGGCGCAAUUUCGGGCAAGACUGCCGAAAAGGUUGUUGGCGUCGUUAAACAGCUGUUGGCAACUCUUCCCCAAGAUCAAGCCAUCGCCCUCCUCCAAAAGUAUAAUGCAGAGGGAAAACAAGUGAUAAGCGAAUGGUUCGCGUGA